GGCGGCGGCGGGCGUCGUCCGCGAGGAUGCUGUCCCGCAAAAAAACCAAAAACGAGGUGUCUAAGCCGGCCGAGGUGCAGGGCAAGUACGUGAAGAAGGAGACGUCGCCCCUGCUGAGGAAUCUCAUGCCUUCAUUCAUUCGGCACGGUCCAACAAUUCCCAGACGGACUGAUCUCUGUCUUCCAGAUUCAAGUGCUAGUGCUUUCUCAGCUUCUGGAGAUGGUGUAAUUUCAAGAAACCAGAGUUUUCUGAGAACUCCAAUUCAAAGGACACCUCAUGAAGUAAUGAGAAGAGAAAGCAACAGACUGUCUGCACCUUCUUCUUAUCUUGUCAGGAGCCUAGCAGAUGUUCCUCGAGAGUAUGGCUCAUCACAGUCAUUUUUAACAGAAGUUAAUUUUGCUGUUGAAAAUGGAGACUCUGGUUCCCGAUACUUUUAUUCAGAUAACUUUUUUGAUAGUCAGAGAAGGCGGCCACUUGGAGAUCGUGCACAAGAAGACUACAGAUAUUAUGAGUAUAACCAUGAUCUCUUCCAGAGAAUGCCACAGAAUCAGGGGAGGCACACUUCAGGUAUUGGAAGAGUCACUGCUACAUCUUUAGGGAAUUUAACCAACCAUGGAUCUGAAGAUUUACCCCUUCCUCCUGGCUGGUCUGUGGACUGGACAAUGAGAGGGAGAAAAUACUACAUAGAUCAUAACACAAACACAACUCAUUGGAGUCAUCCUCUUGAACGAGAAGGACUUCCUCCUGGGUGGGAACGAGUGGAGUCAUCAGAAUUUGGAACCUAUUAUGUGGAUCACACAAAUAAAAGGGCUCAGUACAGGCACCCCUGUGCUCCCAGUGUACCUCGGUAUGAUCAGCCCCCACCCAUCACGUAUCAGCCACAGCAAACUGAAAGAAAUCAGUCUCUUCUGGUCCCUGCAAAUCCCUACCAUACUGCAGAAAUUCCUGACUGGCUUCAGGUUUAUGCCCGAGCCCCUGUGAAAUAUGACCACAUUCUGAAGUGGGAGCUCUUCCAGCUGGCUGACCUGGACACAUACCAGGGAAUGCUGAAGCUGCUCUUUAUGAAGGAACUGGAACAGAUUGUUAAGUUGUACGAGGCCUACAGACAGGCUCUUCUCACUGAGUUGGAAAACCGCAAGCAGAGACAGCAGUGGUAUGCCCAGCAGCAUGGCAAGAAGUUUUUAAGUUAACUUAUCACAAGCCAAGUUUUGUAAGAGCUUUAAAAUAUUUUCAGAUAAAUGACUGCAAACAAGUUCUUUGGUUAAUAAAGGCAACUUACUAUUUUACAUAUGUUUUGUUAUCAAAUUUUUUUCUUUUAUUGAACCAAGAAAGUUUUAUCAUUUAAAAAGCCACUAUGGCAUAUGCUACCAAAUGCUGUAUUAGGAAACUGCUUUGGAGACUCUGGAUGAAAAGGAGUACAGGAAGAGAACAUCAUCAUAAACAGGCAUCCAAUAGGAAACAGUCACUCUGACUUUUAUGGACACACCCUUCUUGUUAAGAAAACGGAAGAGGAUGAGAACACAUUUGUGAUCACUUGCUCCGUGUGGUGUUAACGUGUGAUGAGCUUGUACAUGCUACGUGUGGUCAUCUACUUCCAUCUCCUCCCUAAUGGAAGGAACACCUUUGAAGGAGGGAAAUAACGUAUUUCAGGACUACAUUCAGGAAUACAGGAAUAUAAUAAAUAUAUGUGUCUUAGUGCCAACUGUUGCUAAUACUUCCUUCCUUCGAGCCAGAGCACAUAAGUACAGUUAGCAAGGCUCUGGUGAGACACACCACAGGCUUCCUGACACACAGAACACUGCCUUCCAUCAGGCUGGGCUAAGCUGCCAAAAAAUGACAAUCAGGGAUCCAAUAAGAAAUCUUGGUCACUUAAGUAAAUUUUAUAUUGCCUUUUUUAUCUUUGAAAAGUAUUUGUCAUAAAGGUUUUAGAAACAGGUCAUUCCUUCCUAUUCUUGCUUUGGGCUUAAUGGUUGUUCAUAAUUAGUGAUGAACACUUGAGUUUCAUAGCUCUCAGUUGUGCUUACAAAUGUUGUGAAUAUGUAUAUAUUUUGGUUCUUUUCCUAAAUAUAAGCACUCCCUGUUAGAAGUGACUUUGAAUUAUUGAUAAAAUUUUGUGUGUGAUUUUAUAUAACAGGUUAUUAAAUAUAUUUUUGUGGAAA